UUAUACCUGAGUUGCAGAGUCGUCUUUCUUCUCGCUCCAGUGAGAGCUUCUGGUAAAAAAAGAAAAGAAAAGAAAAAGAACAACAUCAAUGGCGUCCCAAAAACAUUCCACAAACCCCAAACUUUUCAAGUAAAUCUGAGGAAAAAAAAACAUCUCAAUAACCAGAAGAGAGAGAGAGAGAAAAAAAAAGAAAGAAACUCAAAUUUCUCAAGUAAAUCCAAGAGAGAGAAAGAGAGAAGGAAAAAGAUCUAUCUUUUUUCCUCUGAGAGAGAGCAAAAAUGGUGGAAGUGAUACCAAAACAUAUCAAAGAUGUUUGGGAUAGGUGGAACAUAAGAGGAGCAGUCAUUCUAAGUCUUACCCUUCAAGCCAUUCUCAUUUGCUUCUCUCCUCUAAGGAAACGUACACCAAGAAGGCUCUUGAUCGUGCUUGUUUGGUCCUCUUAUCUCUUAGCAGAUUGGUCUGCUAAUUUCGCUGUUGGUCUUAUCUCCAAGAAUCAAGGUAAAGAUCUCAAACCUGAUGACCCUCCACAGGACAAAAAGGUAAUGGCUUUAUGGGCACCAUUCUUGCUCUUGCAUCUUGGUGGACCAGACACUAUCACAGCUUUCGCGCUUGAAGAUAACGCUCUCUGGCUACGACAUGUCUUUGGGCUUGUCUUUCAGGCAAUUGCUGGUGUCUAUGUGGUUGUCAUGUCUCUGCCCAAUAGCCUUUGGGUGGUUAUAGUCUUAGUGUUUGUUUCUGGGACUAUAAAGUAUCUGGAGAGGACAACGGCUCUGUAUAGUGCAAGUUUGGACAAGUUUAGGGACUCUAUGAUUCAAGCACCAGAUCCAGGACCAAACUACGCCAAGCUCAUGGAGGAGUACAAGGCCAAGAAAGAGGCAAGACUUCCCACCAAGAUCGUUCUGAUUGAUGAGCCUGACAAAGAAAAUAGGCCUAAGAAGUUAGAGCAUCCAGCAUUAGCUUCGAAGAAAAGAAAAAAAGAUUUGACCGAUCUUGAGAUUGUUCAGUAUGCUUACAAAUUCUUCAACACAUUCAAGGGCCUUGUAGUCAACCUUAUCUUCAGCUUCAGGGAGCGUGACGAGAGCCUAGAGAUCUUUGAGAAUUUAAAUGAUCCAGAGGAAGCUUUGAGGAUCAUUGAGAUUGAGCUCGGCUUUCUCUAUGAUGCUCUAUUCACCAAGAUCGCGAUUCUUCAUACCGGUAUUGGAACUGUCUCACGGGUCUUUGCUUCUGGUACCCUUGUGGCUGCAUUCAUCAUUUUUCAUAAGAAACCUAACAAAGGCACAGAUUUUCAUGGAGCUGAUGUCGUAGUUACUUAUACGCUGUUUGCAGUUGGCCUAGUUUUGGAUUUCAUAUCCAUCCUUUUGUUCCUGUUCUCAGACUGGACAUGUGCUGCAUACAGUAGUUUGAAGGACGAUCCGGAUGAGCUUCAAUCAUGGCAAGAGAGAUGUUUUAACUGGUUACUUAAAUUCAGAAAGCUGCGUUGGACGCCGCAAGAGUGCCACAAGACUGGUAUGCAUAAGUGUACCAAAGAAGGUUUGAAACCGUGUAUCAUGAAAGGUGCUGAUAAGAAGGAAGGUGGCAAUAAGAAUGAAGGUGGCAAUAAGAAGGAAGGUGACGAUAAGAAGGAAGCUGCUGAUAAGUGUUCAUUGGUAGAUAAGCAUGACGUUCUCACAACGCGUUUCUUCCUUCGGAGGUGGAGUGGAAGCAUCAACGUUUUUAACUUUAUAGCGUACGCCACAAAAGCAGAUGUAGAGAGGAUCCACGACGCCAGAGGUAGUUUCCGCCGCUACUCAUGGAAGAUCAUAACUUUUCCAUUCAAAAAACUCAACUUCGUCAUAAAGAAAAUUUUUGGAUCGAUUGUCAAGUUGAUCAAUGAAGUGCACAGACGGAUCAGCCACGAAGUCAAUGCGUUAUCAAGAAAGCAUCUUUGGGCUCGUCGUUUUCUUUACCCUAUCUAUUUCGAGUUCAUAUCCCGCAUCCCUCACUUCAUCAAAUCAGUGUGGGAUAUCCUCAGUGAGUUCUUUGACAUCUCGGAUACGCUUGAUAUGGUCCACAAGACACUAUUUGUACAUGGAGAGCCCAUGACGAGAGAAUUGUGGAAGUUCAUCUUCGAAGAGCUGAAAAACAAAUCAAAGUAUGGAGACAGUCCUGAAAAUGCCAAGAGGAUAUCUUUGGCUCGGGGAGAAUGGACUUUAAGAGAGAACCUGCCGGUGGAUGCAGAACGUGAAAAACUGGUACGCUAUGUCACAAAGGUCGAUUAUGAUCAGAGUCUUUUGAUGUGGCACAUCGCAACCGAGCUCUGUUACCAACAACAUGAGAAAGAGACUAUCCCAGAGGGUUAUGAUGAACAACGCAAGCAUUACAGUAACCGCGAGUUCAGCAAAAUCAUCUCAGACUACAUGAUGUAUCUCCUGAUCUUGCAACCCGGUCUGAUGUCCGAGGUUGCUGGAAUUGGGAAGAUCAGAUUCAGAGACACAUUGGCUGAAACUCACAAGUUCUUCCAGAGGAGGCAUAUCGAGAACGAUAGAAGCGUGGAGACAGCCACCCUAAAUAUUCUGGACGUCGAAAGUGAAAUUGAACCAAUGGGAGUGAAGGGAGAUCGAAGCAAGUCUGUAUUGUUUGACGCGAGCAGGCUAGCCAAAGACCUUGCAGAGAUGGAGAAGACACACAACAAAGAUAAAUGGGAGAUACUGAGUAAAGUGUGGGUGGAACUUCUCUGUUAUGCAGCCUGUCAUUGCGACUCUACGGCUCACGUGGAGCAACUCAGCAGAGGCGGAGAGCUCAUAAACUUCGUGUGGCUUCUAAUGGCUCACUUCGGACUAACAGAUCAGUUCCAGAUCAACAAAGGAGAUGCCAGAGCCAAACUCAUCAUAGGCAAGUGAGAGUGAGGAAGAACAACAUUCCCCGUAAUCUAAAUUCGUUCUGCUUUUGUAUUUCUUUCUACUUUCUUCUGCUCAAAACAAUGAACUCUUCUUUUCUGCAUAAAGAUGUGACAUUUGUAAGCUUUUUGUGAUGAAAAUUAUCCCAUUUAUCCUUUUUAUAUUCCAACAAGAGUCAUGAC